GCCUGAAUUGUCGGGGCGUCAAUUGUUUUUUGUUUUUUAGCAAAAAAAGAAAAGGGAAAAAAGUACACGAAAUGCUAAAACCAAAAGCGCUGACCCAGGUUUUAAGCCAAGCAAACACUGGCGGCGUCGAAAAUACGCUUCUUCUCAGCCAGGAAGGCGCUCUGCUGGCAUACUCCGGCUAUGGUGAUAAGGAUGCACGCAUAACUGCAGCGAUAGCGAGCAAUAUCUGGGCUGCAUACGAGAAACACGGACGCAAUGCAUUCCGGGAAGAUCGCCUGACGUUUGUGUUAAUUGACUGCGAGUGCGGUCAUGUGGCCAUCACUCAGGUGGCCAGUGUCCUUUUGUGUCUCUAUGCCAAAGAGCAUGUGGGAUUGGGCAUGUUGAAACAGAAGACCAUGUCGCUGGCUGCGUAUUUGGAAAGCCCAUUAAAGCAGAUCUCGGCAUCAUAAUUAUCGAAAACCAAAUAUAGCUGAGAAGCAACGGUUUGCCUAUUUAUAAGCAUAAAUUCUGUUUUGUAGUUUAUAAACAAGUAUUUUAUAUCAUAUGUUAAACACUUUUGGCUCGGAAAUAAAGAAGAGUCUGGUUUA